AUGAGUCUGGGCAUGAUGGAAGAGGAAGAUCUGGCCGAGUACUUCCGGCUGCAGUAUGGGGAGCGGCUGCUGCAGCUGCUGCAGAAGUUCCCUUCAAUGGAAGAGCAGUCAGAGUCCCCAUCCAUCCGGCUACUGGAGAAGAAGAAAGAGGCCAAGAUCAUGCACGAGGCCAUGAAACAGAAGAAGGAGAUCUUCCGGCGCAAGAUGGAAGCUCUCAAUGUGCGCUGGGAGGAGCUGGGCAUCAAGGAGGCCCAGCUGAAGGCGCACAUCCAGAAGUUUGAGCAAUUCAUCCAGGAGAAUGACCAGAAGCGGAUCCGGGCCCUCAAGAAGGCCAACAAGGAGCGGGAGCUCAAGAGGCAGCGCGUGCGGGAGCUGGCCAAGGCCAAGCAGGAGAUCGCGGCCCUGCAGCUGGAGCACGAGCGCCUGAGUGCCAAGCUGCAGGACUACUCCAUCUUCAACAAGUACCUGGAGAAGGUGGUGGAGAGCUCCGAGUUCGAGGAGAUCCACGAGGUGAUCGCGCGCUACAAGACCCUGGUGAGCAUGCACCGCGACCUCAUGCAGUCAGCGCAGGAGGGCCAGGAGAAGCUCGAGCAAGCCAAGGCGCGGCUGGCACGCUACAUGGAGGAGAAGGACGACGAGAUCCUGCAGCACAACAACGAGCUGUCGAGGCUGCAGAUGCGCUUCGACCGCGCCCGCAGCGACGUCAUCAUCUGGGAAUCUCGCUGGGCGCACAUCCAGAACACCGCCGCCAAGAAGACGCUCCUGCUUGGCACCAUCAAGAUGGCGACGCUGAACCUCUUCCAGAUUGUGAGCAGGCAGCUGAUGGAAUCCACCCACGUGUCCCUGGAGGACACGCACAAACAGCUGGACCUGAUCCAGCAGUUUAUCCAAGACCUGUCAGAUAUCUGGGCAGAGGUGAAGAAGAAGGAUCAAUAGCAAGUUCGGGUUUAAGGAGGCAGCCAGGGGUCCAGAAUGUUCUGAAACAGAGACAGAGAGGAAGACUUCCUGGUGAGCGUCCAGUCCAGGCUGCUAAGAAACCCCGUGUCUUUCUGCUGGGCAAAUACCCCACCAUUUUCCCAUCAGGCCUCAGUCCACG